UAUACACUAUAUACUUUUGUCAACACAAAACUAAUUGAGACAACACAGAAAUUAAAGCUGAAAUCGUUUUUCGAAUUCUGUAUAAAUACAGAGCGAUCUCAGUGAAUUAAAUCAAAACACUCAACGAGUUCAAUUCAAUCAAUCGAACAGAGAAUUAUCCUUCUAAUUCAAAAUGAAAUUCCUUAUCGUCUUUGCCUUAAUUGCUCUGUCCAUUCAAUUGGCUGCUUCGGCAACUACCAGUGACACCACAAGUACAACUACAACUACAACGACAACAACCACUGAUGCAACUACUACAACAACAACCUCCGCAUCGGCAACAACAACGACAACGGCUAAAUCGACGCACAAGAAGAAAUGCUGGAAGGGCAACAAUUGGUGUCACACUCGCAGACCGACCAGGAAGUGUCGCCAUCCCAAGACAUGCCACAAAACCAUCGUUAUAGUGCGCCGCAGGAAGAAUUGAGUGCUGCAAAUGUUUCAUUUUAAUAAACUUUAACUAAAAACUUUGAA